GUGAAACUAAGUCGAGCAUAGUGAAUGAUCACUGGUACUUUCCAAAAAAGGAAGGGUCCUAAAGGUGCUAUAUAAACAGCCUGUACUGGCCAAGACCAGUGCCUUGAAUUGCAUACCCUACCAGAUAACCACCAGAGCAAAACAAGCAACAAUAUGGAGACCAAAAUUAAAAACAAUAACAACUACACUAAACUAAGCACUGGUAAUCCCUCAGUGUAUCUACUGAAUCUGAAGAAAACAGGAAGAGAUGAUCUUCGCAAAAAAGACUUUGGAAGUUCUUGUAACCCUCACCCAAACAAAACAAUAAUGCUCCUGGGUGCCACUGGCUCUGGAAAGACCACUCUCAUUAAUGGCAUGAUCAAUUAUAUACUGGGAGUGGAGUGGCGUGAUACAUGCAGAUUUAAACUGAUAGAUGAGCAGACCAGUAAAACACAAGCCGAGAGCCAAACAUCAGAGGUUACAGCAUAUCAGCUUCACUAUCAAAAUGACUUCCAGAUUCCCUAUUCAGUCACAAUCAUAGACACACCAGGGUUUGGAGACACCAGGGGAAUCUCCCAAGACAAGGAGAUCACUGAGAAAAUUAGAAAGUUCUUCUCUGAACAAGAUGGCAUUCUUGGUCUUGAUGCUGUUUGUUUUGUGGUACAGUCAGCUUUAGCUCGACUAACCCAAACCCAGAAAUACAUUUUUGAAGCCAUUCUUUCAAUCUUUGGAAAGGACAUUGCAAACAAUAUCACCAUUAUGAUCACCUUUGCUGAUGGGCAGAAACCUCCUGUACUAGAGGCCAUUGAAGCUGCUGAUAUCCCUUGUGUAAAAAAGGAAGAUGGAACAUUCCUCCAUUUCAAAUUCAACAAUUCUGCACUUUUUGCCCAGAAUAUAGAGGUGGAUGAUGAAGACAACUUUGAUGAAAUGUUCUGGAAAAUGGGAAAAGGAAGCAUGAAACGAUUCUUUAAUCACCUGGAGACAAUGGAGACCCAAAGUCUUCAGCUCACAAAAGAAGUUCUGUCUGAACGCAAACACCUGGAGGCAGUUGUAGCUGGAGUUCAGCCACUCAUCCAAACCGGUCUGGCAAAACUUGAUGAAAUCAGAAUGACAACAGCAGCACUGGAACAAAAUCAGAAUAUCAUAAAGGAAAAUGAAAAUUUUGAAUAUGAGGUUGAAAUAGAAAAGAGUAAGAAGGUUGACCUUGAAAGGGGAAGAUUUGUGACAAAUUGCCUUGGCUGCAACUUCACCUGCCAUUAUCCAUGUAACAUUUCAGAUGAUGAACAGAAACAUGGUUGUGCAGCAAUGAAAAAUGGCAGCUGUACAGUGUGUCCUGGUCAAUGCAUCUGGAAUGUGCAUCACAACAUGCUGUACAGAUUUGAAACUGAAACUGUGAAAGAGAAAAGAAUGUAUGCAAACCUGAAAAAGCAAUUUGAAGAAGCUUUGGGGAGAAAUAUGACAAUAGAGAAAAUCAUCAAGCAGUUGGAGGAGGAAUAUUACGAUGUACAAAUCAAAGUCUUGGAUUUAAAUGAUAAACUUGCCAAAAGCCUGACACGUCUGAAGGAAAUUGCUCUUCGCCCAGAUCCCUUGUCCACACCAGAUUACAUUGAACUACUGAUUGAGUCUGAGAAGCAGACGGCCAAAGCAGGGUUCAAAAAGCGCAUUGCUGAGUUGGAAGAGUUAAAAAAACGUGCUUUGAUUCUGCAGAAGGUGGAGAAAGGAGAACCACUUACUGAACACGAGAAGGUUUUGAAGACAAGGCAAGGCAUUGGUCAGAAAGUCCGUGGUGUGUAUAACGAUAUUAAACAAUGGUAUAACAGAACAUUGGGAAACUAGAAAAUGAAGCAUAGCUUUGCAGUGCUAGAAUACUGCAGUGAGAGAACAGUGAAAUAAAUCAGUUACUUCUUGCAAAGAAAAUUAUUUAGCUAUAAAUCCAGAUUAAAUUCUGAGUGUAUACAUCAGGCGAUUAAAGUCAGAUAAGUCUUUUCUUCAUUUUCAGUAUGCCUAUUACUUUUGUUUUUCUCGGAUCAAAGUAAAUGUGAUUUUUUUUUCUCCUGCUUAACUGCAAGUAUGUUACUACAGCAUAGUGUCUACUGCACGUUCUAAAUGCAAGUGACUGACCAAAAAAAAUUAGAAGAUUUUGCAUUUUGAAGAUCAUUUGCAUGUUUUGUUAAUUAAAUAGAUAUAAAAAUUAAAGAUUUUUUUGUUCUGAUUGUCUUCUUAUUAUUCAAUGUAUACAAAAUCUCUGCUGUAAUUUUUCAAUAAAUACUACAUUAAUCAAUACAUUUAUCCAUCUCUGUUUUACCUUUCAAAGUAUUUUUAGAUAUUACAUACAUUCUGAUACUGGAUUCUCCAAAGGUCAUGCAAAAAAAUCCCAAAACAAGAUUCAAGGCAGCCUACUCUAGUAUAAAAGGUUUGUGGAGAGAAUGUAAUUCUUAUAUCUUCUUUAUGCAGAAUUUAAACUGCAUCUAAUAUCAAAA